CGAGAUACGGUCGGAUUGACGCACAUUUUGUCGCUCUGGGUCGCGCGCUUGUCAAAGACUUCUGUCUCCUCUUCUCUCGCCCACCAUCUGGAAUUCCUCAGUUGUGGAAGUGCUCCGAAAAUGCUGCUGCCGUUGCUCGUGAUCUGUGCCCAAAUUCUCAGUGACACGCUGGCCAAUGAUAACCUCCAGGUGGCCUAUCAGUGGAGUCAGAUUGACUUCAACUUCUCCAGUGCCUCGCAUCGAGACAGUGCCAUCAAGUCCGGCCAGUACAUUCCCAGUUCUGUCGUGCCCGUUGGUAUUGAGGUGCAAACGGACAGACUGUUUAUCACGCUGCCCCGCUGGAAGGCUGGCGUGCCCGCUUCGCUAGCCUACAUCAAAAUGAAUGAAACCUUCACGAGAUCGCCCUUGCUGUCGCCAUUUCCCAAUUGGCAGGCGCACAGAUUCAGUGAACACGAGCCACCAGAGAUAGUAUCUCCAUUCAGGAUUCGGGCGGAUCGCUGUGGACGUCUCUGGGUGCUUGACACCGGAAUUGACGAUCUCUUGGGCGAAAAUAAACGCAUCGUCAACACGCAACUCCUCGUCUAUGAUCUGCACGAUGACAAUUUGCUGCGCCGAUACGUCUUUCCGGACGAUCAAGUCAAGCAGAAGUCAUUCUUCGCCAACAUCGCCAUCGAGGAUGGCCAGUGCGAUGACACAUUCGCCUAUUCCGCCGAUCUGGGAUCACCGGGACUCGUUGUGUACUCGUGGAAGCAGAAUGAAUCCUGGCGCGUCCACCACAACUUCUUCCAUCCCGAUCCGCUGGCAGGAAACUACAGUAUCACAGGAAUCAACUUCCAGUGGGACGACGGACUCUUUGGCCUGGCAGUGUCCAAGGCAGAUCCCGAGGAUGGAUUCGCCACGCUGUAUUUCCACCCUUUGAGCUCCACGAGGGAGUUUUCAGUCAACACGCGCUUCCUCAGGGACAAACAGCUGGCAGCCAAUGAUUCUGCCAUUUAUCGUGAAUUCAAGAUCCUCGGCUCUCGUGGACCGAAUGGGCAAUCAGGAUCACAAUUCCUCGAUCAACUCACGGGCGUUCUCUUCUACUCGCUGCCCAAUCUCAACGCCGUUGCGUGCUGGCGAACCACCAACAAGGUGUACACAAUCAAGUCUCAGGGAAGGGUGUACAUGAAUGUGGAGGACAUGCAGUUCCCCAAUGACAUCAAAGUCGACAAUCAGGACAGACUGUGGGUGUUGUCGGAUCGCCUGCAUCAAUUCCUGUACAGCGAACUCAAUCCCAACGACAUCAACUUCCGCAUCCUCACGGCUGAGGUGAAGGAUGCCAUCGAUCACACGGCGUGCGACACGAAGCCCAAAACACUCCCAGACAUCAUUACCAAAUUAGGUGACAUCCUGAGGCCGCAGAAGCCACAAGUUUCCGCCACAUCGAGUCAGCGCCCAACGACAAUUCUCAUUCACACAUUUCUCUGCAUUGCAAUAUAUUUUACUGCUGCCACAUUCAUGUGAAGAACUUCGCUCAAAGAGCUGCGCGAUUAUUUAUUAACUCGCCUCGUCAUUACCAUUUUGUGGCCAUAAAAAUUUUAUAUAGAAGCGUAUAUAUAGAAUUCCUCCGCAUUAGAUGUUAAAUGUCUCCUGUUUUCCCUCCCCCAAAAAAAUCACCCAUCAACAUGAGACACAAAAUGCAAACUGACAUGAAAUUAAAGACUCCGUUCCGUCCAUCGAGCGCGCGAAUGUUGCAUAAUCAGUUUAAGACAUCGUGCCACAAUCAAGUUCAAAGUGAGAGUCAAUUUGCAAGAACAAGUAUAGAGAGUAAAAAUUGGAAUAAUGUAUGAAUUUGUUGUGAAAGUAUAAAUAUGUAAAUAUAUGUUUUACAUUCCUUUAA